AUGAUGGAGAAGGAUGUGAUUGUCGAUGUUGACGUCCAUAAAAAAGAUCCGGGCCCCAAUGAAACCCUUCAAGAUGCGGUUUAUAAUUUGGGUCUCCGCGCAGUGAACCCUGUAGAUGUCAGCGUCAACAUCCUCUCACUUGACCUUGACACAGCACCCCCACUAUGGGAAACAUCACCUUCGCAACUGUGGUGUCGCGUGCGCGGUCAGAAACCCGAAGGCGCGUCGAAAAGGGUGUUAGAUGGAGUCAGUGCAGAGAUGACAAGCGGGAGCUUGACAGCUAUCAUUGGCAGCAGUGGUUCGGGAAAAACCUCUCUACUCAACCUCAUGGCCAGUCGAAUGUCCCUUUCCAAGGCCAAGGUGUCGGGAUCGACCACAUUCAAUGGCAACGCCAAUAUCGACAGCAUUCGCAGCGCCUAUGUCAUGCAGGAGGAUGUCCUUAUUCCGACUUUGACAGUUCGCGAAACCUUGCGCUACUCAGCUGAUCUCCGCUUACCGCCACCAACAACUCAAGAAGAACGACAUGCCAUCGUGGAGCAGGUUAUUCUGGAACUGGGGCUCAAGGAGUGUGCCGAUACAAGAAUCGGAACAACUGCACACAAGGGCUGCAGUGGUGGAGAGAAGCGACGUACCAGCAUUGGUGUGCAAUUGCUGGCUAACCCAUCCGUCCUAUUCUGCGAUGAGCCGACCACUGGCUUGGAUGCGACCAGUGCGUUUCAGAUCAUCCGCACACUAAAGCGACUCGCGCGGGACGGGCGAACCAUCCUUGUCUCCAUACACGCACCCCGAUCUGAGAUAUGGAGUCUUGUCGACAAUGUCAUUCUUUUGGCUCGGGGAUCUGCUCUAUACAGUGGUUCUGUGAGCGAGUCACUGGUGCACUUCGCAAAAUGUGGCCAUAUCAUUCCACCUUUCGUGAAUCCCGCAGAAUUUUUAGUCGACCUGGCUGCGAUUGAUAACCGAACUGAAGCCUCGGAAGCUGCGUCAUAUGUCCGUGUUGAUUCCCUUCGAGACACGUGGCGGGAACUACGAGGAAGAUGCGUGCCCGAGGAUAAGAAGCAGGGACCGGUGCCAGUUCUUGAUGGCGUGGAUACUGGAGCCACGAGGAAGGUAUCAUUCCGACGACAACUGCGCGUCCUUUCUUCCCGCACCUUCGUCACCACCCUCCGAGACCCUAUGGGUGUUGCCGGUAGUCUACUUGAAGCUGUUGCUAUGGGUAUUAUCAACGGUUGGAUAUUCUGGCAGCUUGAUGAGAGUCUAGCCGGAAUUCGCUCACGGGAAGGUAGUCUGUAUACGGCUAGCAGCCUGAAUGGUUAUCUCAUAUUGCUCUAUGAGACUUAUCGGUUGACAAUUGAUAUACGACUGUUUGACCGUGAGCGAAAUGAAGGCGUGGUCAGUGUGCCAGCUUUCUUGUUCAGCCGACGGAUUGCCCGAUUUCCGCUUGAAGAUCUACCUGUCCCACUUCUGUUUUCCAUCAUCUUUUACUUCAUGGUUGGCUAUCGUCCUGAUGUGGGUCAGUUCUUUAUUUUCUUCCUCAUCACCCUUCUCACGCAUUACAUCGCCGUCACAUUUGCAGCGGUGGCAGUCGGUCUGGUAAGAAAUUUGCCUGGCGCUACCCUGGUUGCCAACUUAUCUUACACCGUGCAAUCGUUUGCCUGUGGGUACUUUGUCCAGUCGAACCAGAUACCAGUGUAUGUGAGAUGGCUCAAGUGGUGUGCAUACACCUUUUACAUAUUCGGAGCGCAGUGUGCAAACGAAUUCAUCGGCUUCGAUGGUUCUGAGCUGGGUCGGUUCUAUGACUGCCCUUAUUCAAAGGACCCGCUUGAUCCAGCGUGCGAGGAGUAUACCGGGCGAUACAUCAUGGACAGUCUGGGAAUGCCAUCGAACUGGAUAUGGCGGCCAAUAGUGGUGCUCGUUGCAUUUGUGAUGGCCCACUAUCUGGUGGCUGGCUUAUUGCUGCAGUAUAAUCGUUUCGCGAUUGAUAUUGCUCAAGCUCGCAAGACGGAGGUAGAUCCCUCAGCCAGGAAAUCAAAACUAGCCAUUCGCCCAGCCGAGGAAGCCCGUAGACUGACCAUUUCACUGGAUCGGUAUGCCUUGGAAAUUCGAAAACGCGGACGUCCCUGGCAAGAAGCCCAAGUCCUGCACGUCUUGAAGCCUAUCACUGCGGAGUUUCAUCCAGGAGAGUUGAAUAUCAUCAUGGGACCAUCAGGGAGUGGCAAGACAUCUUUACUAAAUUCAAUUGCUUCCCGAUUGCAGGGUUCUAUGGGAACCCAAUACCGUGUUCAUGGCCAAAUGCUAUACAACGGGGCCAUACCAUCAGAGACUGUGAUCCGAUCUGUGACCUCCUUCGUCACGCAAGACGACGAUGCAUUGAUGCCAUCCUUGACCGUUCGAGAAAGCUUGAGGUUUUCAGCAGGGCUGCGAUUGCCAAGUUGGAUGUCACGAGAGGAAAAGAACCGGCGAGCCGAGGAAAUUUUGUUCAAGAUGGGGCUUAAAGAAUGUGCCGACAAUCUAAUUGGCGGCGAGCUGAUCAAAGGUAUCAGUGGAGGAGAGAAGCGGCGUGUGACGAUUGCUAUCCAAAUCCUCACGGACCCCAAGGUGCUGCUUCUGGACGAACCAACGUCAGGUCUCGAUGCCUUCACGGCCAUGUCCAUUAUUGAGGUCUUGCAUGGCCUCGCAGCCGAAGGUCGCACAUUGAUCAUGACUAUCCACCAAUCACGUUCCGAUCUGGUCAGUCAUUUCGCCCAGGUCUUGCUUCUCGCGAGAGGCGGAUAUCCGGUGUACGCUGGACCGGGGCAACAGAUGCUUUCACACUUUGCAGGACUCGGCUACGACUGCCCGCAGACGACCAACCCGGCGGACUUUGUCUUGGAUCUCAUCACGGUUGAUCUUCAACAAGCGGACCGGGAGGCUAUAACUCGCGAGCGCGUUCAGAAUCUGAUUUCUUGUUGGUCUGAAGCGGCUCUGGUGCCUGGCUGUACAUCUCAGAUUGCAACUCCAGCCGAGCUUGGUAGUUUCCGUCGCAAGAUGCUUCCAUUUCGAAUUACGUUCCCAUUAGUGCUGCGGCGAUCAUUCAUCAAUUUCCGACGCCAACCUGCGCUGGUAAUGGCCCGUUCGAUGCAGAUUCUGGGAAUUGCCAUUGUCAUGGCCUUGUUUUUUGCACCACUCAAGAAUGACUACGCCGCUGUACAGUCACGCAUGGGAUUUGUUCAGGAGGUUUCGGCGUUAUACUUUGUUGGGAUGCUCCAAAACAUCGCCGUCUACCCGAAUGAGCGCGAUGUCUUUUAUCGCGAGGAAGCCGACAACUGCUACUCCGCGGAGACAUUUAUCCUUUCCUACACGACGAUCGAAGUCCCUUUUGAGAUCGUCUCCUCCCUCGUCUUCGGCGCCCUCGCGGCCUAUGCCGAUAACAUGAGCCGUAACGUGAAGAUGUUUCUCAUCGCCGCCUUUAAUUGCUUCUGCAUGACCAGCUGCGGCGAAUCCCUGGGAAUCAUGUUCUGCACCCUAUUCUCGCAUGUCGGCUUCGCUGUUAACGUGAUCUCCACCCUCUUAUCCAUCUCGUGCACCCUCGGCGGCGUCAUGAGCCUGAAUGUCAACAAGGUGCUACAAGGAUUCAACUAUCUCUCACCGGUCAAAUAUUGCAUCGCCAACCUGGCACCGUAUUCCCUCCAAGGACAGCAUUUCGACUGCUCGGCUGCCGAGAGACUUGCAAACGGUAGCUGCCCCAUUACUACCGGAGAGCAGGUCCUAAACCUCUACAACCUGGACAAGAAUGGUCCGAUGAAUAUUAUGGCGCUGGGUGUCUGCACCAUCAUCUACCGAUUUAUCGCAUAUGCACUAUUGAAAGCAAUCCGUUCCAACAGCAUGAUGGAGCGGUGGCGCGAGUGGCGCCUCUCUCUCGAGCAUUCCCAGAGCAGAUAA